CAGGAUAAAUGUAUAAUCUGGACUAAGAACAUUUAUCCGAAAAGGAAUUCCACACAUGAUAAAAAAAAAAAAUCCUCAGCAUGUCACUUUAAGAAAUUAAAGGGAUCCACUUUUGGCCAAUGGGAAGUUGUCAUGAGGCUAGGGUUGUCCAAUGAGAGCCUUGGAAGCUGACUUUGGCAGGAGUUGACGGUGCGUGGCUGAAAAUUUCGGUCAGUUUACUUUACGGAGUGAAGUAUGCGGCUGGUUGUGAGGGGGAUGCGAAGCUGUGGAGGCACCGCAUACCAGAUGGUGGUCUAGAGAGAGACAUACUGGAUCCACUCGCCCCGACGAAGGAGAGAAGCCUACUUUUGAGAGGACUAGACACGAGAUCAACUCUUCUUAACGUAACUUUGCUUCAGUUCGCGUGUCAGUGGUUAAGUUCUGGACUAAGAUGUCUCAAAGAAUUCGAAGAAACGGGUCGCCCACGUCCAGUUGUCCCCCGGUGUCUGCCAGUGCCACCGGCGGAGGAGUCCCUACCGGAGGUUCUGUCGGUGGUGCCGGAGGCUCGGGAAUGAAUUUAUUCAGUCGCCUCUUGCCAAUGAAGGCGACCGUUCCGUUCCAGCUGAAGCCGCAGGGACAGCCCCCCCCUGCAGUCGAGGGGUCACGGUACCGGUAGUGCAGGCGGUAGCCCUACGCACGGCAGCGGUAACGGUGGUAGUAGCAGUAAAUGCCACAGCGGCUCGUCCAACUCACUUAGUCUCAGUCCGACCCGUGGCGUGGCGUGCGGCGCCGCGGUUCCGACAGCACCCCUGCCCCCGUCCGCUACGGCUGUCAGCUUGCUGCACACGGCUGGUGCCGGUGCGCACAUCGUGGCACAGUCUUCCUCAUCCUCGUCAUCUUCCUCCUCCUCUUGCAGAAGUAGUCCCAUCAUCAUAUCAACAGGUCCCACUUUCGGCGCUUCGUUCAGGCCACAGGCGCAGUCCCCCGUCCUCCCAUCUCAGCCACAAACAGUGGUCUUCCCACACAUGAACGCGCACAACUACGGCUCCGGGAACGUGGGCGCUUUCCUGGGUGGCCUGCCCGCGGUGUCCCCCUGUUACUCCCCCUCCCAACAGCUGAGCUGGAUCUCAGAUGUUGCACCGGGCUUUCUUCCCACGGCGACCGCGCAGCAGCAGACUCCCCUGUCGGCUUCACCGUCUGGGUCCUCCCGGGGCCGGCCGGUGGCCCCGUUACAGAACAGGUCCCCGGAUCAUGAGCAGCAGUCCCCAGAAAGAAUAAGUCCCAGCUCUCCCGGUGGAAAAGGGCGUGGUGCGGCGUUGAGUAUGCGCCGGACAUCUUCUCUGGAGGCUCUGGCAGGACCCUACCUGUCGGGCCAUUGGCCCCGAGACUCCACCCACUCUCAGAGCCACACCCACACAGGGCCCUGCAUGAAAGACCAGGCGACACAGACCCCCAGUGCGUGGGCUGAGGAGUGCCAGGAGAAGAGGAACAGUUUACACAAACGCUCGGCAUCAUGGGGCAGCACCGACCAGCUCAAAGAGUUUGGGAGACACAGAGCUGCUGAGGCAGCAAAGGAGCAAACACAGCCGCUAUCACCUGCAUCAAUCGCCUUCAAUGGCAGCCACACAGUCAUCAACCAAACACAGACCCUGAUACCUAAGAGUGCUCUGAUCGCAGUCCCUGCCACACGUCCCUCCCCCCGCCUGCGGAACAGUCUGGAAGGUCUUAACCAGGAGAUCGAGCGCAUCACCAUCAGAGAUGCUACCGAUCGGGAUCACACACACACACUCACUGAUGUUCCAGACGGGCGUCGUGCCCCCCCCCCCCACUACCAACACAGCGUCGACACCCAGACGCCCUGCAACUAUAGCAACAGCAGCAGCCGCUCCCAGUCCGUCUCACCCACCUUCACAUCCGUUGCCAGCGACGACAGCCCCUGCCUCCAUGACAACCUGCUGAGUGACGGCCGAGAGAAAGAUGUGUGUUCUGGUUCUCCCUCGUCUCCCAAGCCCAACAACAGCUACAUGUUUAUGAGGGAGCCUCCAGAGGGCUGCGAGAGAGUCAAGGCCUUUGAGGAGACGCAUCUGAAGCCGCAGCAUACCCUCCCUCAGGUGUUGUGCCCCGACAGGAACAAGGUGAACUUUGUGCCCAAGAGCGGCUCGGCUUUCUGCCUGCUGCGUCAGCCUCUGCUGCUGCCCGCCGCUCAGGAGCUCAGCCUCAAGGGCCCCACUCUGGGGACCGGCAGUCUCUCCCCGCCCCCCGCCACCUGCCCCUCUUCAUCUCCACCACCAGCGUCAUCUUCCUCUUCCUCUUCCUCUUCCGUGUCCACGCGUGCCAGCUGUGUCGCCAGUCUGGCCCUCGUCCGCCACGCCGAGGAGAACGACUGUUAGGGGCGCCGUGGCGACCGCAUCGCUUGCGUUGCCGUGGUGACACCCCCAGCUCAGCAACACACGAUUAAGUUCCCAGCAGACUCGUUUGAUUUAUUUUCAUAGAGGGAAAAGAAAAGAAAAAACAACUUAUAAAAAAAUAUUAAAUAAUAAUAUUCCAGCUAUUGUAGGUAGACGCUAUUGUGUAGCUGAUUUGCCGGAUUCACCCCAAAUCUGUACCGGGCUUGGGCCACUCCUCACCCACUGACUGCUGCUAUUAGGUUGUUAUUGCAUGGUUGUAGAGGUGCCACAGCCUCAUGUAUACAUGGUUAGAUGGUGUUUCCCUAUGGGGAAUCUGUUAGUGAAAGUGUUAACGUUUUUGUGUCCAUGCUACUGGGCAGGAUUGUGUACGUCUAGACAUAGAAACCAGAGGACUUGACCACACAUGAUGCUCCUUACAAUGAGCUAACAUUUAACACACACACACACACAACAGAAAGUAAGCUGUAGCUACUAGUUGAACAGUGCUCCCCCCUCCUCUCCUCUGAGCUAGUGAAAGGUCAAGACUUCUCAUGAACAUAUAGCACAGGUGUGUGUGUGUGUCUCAAGCUGACUGAUACAGGAGGUGUAUCAGUAUCAGGGUCAGGAAUCGUCCCAAGUCUACUCUCAUCUUCUCUCUCUCUCUCUCUCUCUCUCUCUCUCUCUCUCUCUCUCUCU